AUGCCGUCUAUUCUGCCGCUUUAUCAUGGUGGGAAUGACCGUGACGGCCGCCAGGCGACUGUCGACGCCAGCCGCCUCGUCGAGAGUGAUGAGGCCGCCAGCGAUAAGGCGCGGCAAAAGGCGGUGGUUGCUGCCUUUACACAUGCGUGGGAGGGCUAUCGCCGCCACGCGUUUGGCCACGACGAGAUCCGGCCGACUACCAACGCGACUAACGACUCGUGGGGCGGCUUCGGCGCCGUCCUCAUUGAUGGGCUCGACACGAUGAUGCUCAUGGGACUGGACGAGUACGUGGCCGAGGCCCGCAAGGUUGUCCAAGCCGACGACUUUGCGAAGGACUACUCGGCCUCGUUUUUCGAGACCACCAUCCGGUACCUGGGCGGCCUGCUCGCGGCGUAUGCGGCGUCGGACGACGAGCUGUACUUGACCAAGGCGGUCCAGCUCGGCGACGCGCUACUGCCGGCGUUCAACUCCAAGACCGGCUUGCCGUACCACGAGGUCAAUCUCCAGACUGGCGCGGCCAAAAAUCCGUCGUGGAACACCGACAACUGCAUCCUCUCGGAGAUUGGCAGCGUCCAGCUCGAGUUCAAAAGCCUCUCGCACUUUACCGGCGAUCCCAAGUAUGCUGCUGCAGCAGACUCGGUCAUGGACGUUCUGUGGGAAAAGCGCGAGCAGAGUGUCGACGGGCUGUACCCCGUGUACAUCUCGGCAGAGACCGGCGAGUUCCGUGACGCUCAUGUCACCAUGGGCGCACUCGCCGACUCGUUCUACGAGUACCUCCUCAAGCAGUGGCUCCUCACUGGCAAGUCGGAGGCCCGAUACAAGGCCAUGUACGAUGCCUCGGUCGAUGGCAUGAUCAAGCACCUCGUUGCCCGGUCGCAGCCCUCGGGCCGCGUCUUCCUCGGCGAGUACUCGGGAGGCCAGCGAGUCAAUGUCUUUGACCACCUCAUGUGCUUUGUGCCGGGCAUGCUCGCCCUCGGUGCUGCCAACGAGCCCGACGCCGCCCGUAGCGCGGCCCACAUGGAGCUGGCGGCCGAGCUGACGGAGACAUGCUACCGCUUGUACGCCGACCAGCCGUCGGGCCUCGCGCCGGAUGUUAUCUCGUUCAACACGGCGUCGGCCCGACCGGGCACGCCCGACUACCGGGUCAAGUCCGGGGCGUACCUACUCCGUCCUGAGACACUCGAGUCGCUGUACAUCAUGUACCGCCUCACCGGCAAGAGUUUGUACAAGGAGCAGGCAUGGGAGAUUUUCCUCGCCAUCGAGCAGCACUGUCGCACUCCCUCAGCAUACUCGGGUGUGGUCGACGUCCGGCACGCCAAGCCGGAGCUGAACAACUCGAUGCAGUCUUUCUUCCUCGCCGAGACGCUCAAGUACCUGUACCUCAUGUUUACCCCCGAGGCCGAGGCGGUGCCGCUCGACAAGUUUGUGUUUACCACCGAGGCGCACCCGCUCCCGAUCUUCCAGACGAGCGCAGGUGGGUGAGUCUGCGCUCAUGACGACGCGGCGUGCGGGCGCAGGUGGUCGUUGAAAAACGCGAGCAGCGAGUUGGCGAUGUACUCGCGGGUCGCCUGCGAGCGCGGGGCAUGGCGCUCGGACGGCAGCAGCAGCAGCUGGUGGUGCUUGCCGGCGGCAAUGAGCUUGUUGAUCAGGAGCGCGGUGUUGCGGAAAAUACGUUCUCGUCGAUGAGGCCGUGGAUGAGAAGGAGCUUUGCCGACGGCGCCAUGCCGUCAACAUGGGUGAGGACCGACGACGCGUGGUAGCCGUCUGGGUUCGACUCGGGUGUGCCCAUAUACCGUUCGGUGUAGUGGGUGUCGUACAGGCUCCAGUCGGUGACGGGCGCACCGGCGAUGGCCACGUGGAAGGUCGACGAGGCGCGGAAGAGUGCCGAGAGCGACAUGUACCCGCCGUACGACCAGCCAAAGAUGCCGACAGCGCUGGGGUCGGCGACGCCGGCGGCGACCAGAUGCUCCACGCCCGAGACCUGGUCGGCGACCUCGACCUCGCCCAUGUUGUGCUUGAUGGCGCCCUCAAAGGCCAGGCCGCGGCGGGCCGAGCCGCGGUUGUCGACCCGGACGACUGCGUAGCCUGCCGAGACC